CUCGAACCUUGUGGACGCUUUUUAAACAAUAAAAAAGUUCCCCCUUUGCAUUUAUUCAGAAAAAAAGCACUAAACUAAUUGUGACUAAUCUAUCCCACAUUGUAACAAAUAGCCACCAUUGAAAAAUCACAGUAAAGAAGCGUAACGAGGUGCUUAAGUUAAUGGUUAAAACUCAUGGGAAAAAUUGAUGUGUAUAAAAAACUUGAGCUAUAAUUUAUGCCACAGUGAAUGACUACUGCGUUUAAUUUAAAAGCGACAAAGUGGAACGAAGACGCUGAGUACUACUCGUACUUGAAAAAGGGUGAUAUCGUAGCCAGAGAACGUUCUCUGUCGUAGCCAAGGUAGUAGGUAUUUUAAAAAAAGAGUGAAGUGCAACAAGCCUCGUUAACACUGGUGACUAAAUCGAACGCCGUGCUUGCAAAAGUUAAAACUGCAACUUGCGUUGAUCAAACAAAGGAAACUGCCAUUUAUCCAAAGAAGGAAUGUAUGUGUAAGUUGAGUGUGCUUGGACUGGAAAAUAAGGAGAUACAAACAAAGAAAUUACCAAUCAAGCAUUGAACUUUUAAUUUCUCCUGUGAGAACAGCAAAGAGUGCCAGCAACUAACGAGCCAACUUAGGUAAAACCACUUUACAAGUCGCAAAGCCACAUCGCAAUAUUUUUCUUUGUAUUGGACGCGGAACAGCACGCAAAGUUGUUGCUUUUGCCCAUUCCAAGUAGGGAGUAAUAACAAAUAAAAAGUUAUUCAACACAAAAAAAAACCAAAUUAAAACAUAAACGUCGCUAAAAUGCCAGCUGAUUCGGUUUCAAGAAUGAACUCGUCCGGUUCUGGUGGCGAGGCUAAUACGCCCGAGAAUUUGCUUGGUACCUCACCUGGUGCCUCAAGUUUACGUAUCCGCACUGAGAGUGAAAGCUCUGAUAAAUUGGCACGUUUCAUUUUGCCCAGUAUGGACGGUAGUCCACCGAAGGUGCUUACACUCCACGAAGUGGGUGAUGUGCUAAAAAAUAUCCAGAAUAUGGAGCUGGUGCAUGAAAUUGCGAUCAACCCAGAGUUUAAGUUUGAGCCAUAUGAACCACCAGAGAACAGCCUUGAACGUCGCAUCAAGGACAUCAUGCACAAGGCCUUCUGGGAUGUGCUGCGCAACCAGUUGAAUGAAAAUCCACCUUGUUACGAUCACGCUAUCCAAUUGCUAGCCGAGAUUAAAGAUUGUUUUCCCCAAAUUCUUUCGCAAAAUAAUACACGCGCUUUGGAGCACAUCAAUGAGAUACUUGAUAUCGAUGUUAUAAAGCAACAGGCAGAGGAGGGUGUGCUCGAUUUCCGAUCAUAUGCCAAUUUUGUCAUACAUAUUAUGGCAAAGUCAUGUGCACCCGCAAGGGAUGAACUUGUGCACCAGCUGACCGAAAUUGAAGAUGUGGUGGAUACUUUUAAGAAUAUACUCGAAACUAUGGCGCUAAUGAAAUUAGAUAUGGUGAACUGUUUAUUGGACUUUGCGCGCAACGACAUAAUGGCCAGUUCGGUGGAGUAUGAGAAGCAGAAAUUUAAAGAAUAUUUAGAGUAUUACAAAUUUGGCUUCCCGGCUACUGAAAACUGGUUGAAGAACAGUUGCAUGCAUGAUGCCAACAAUGUGCCCUGCUCACCAGAGCAAACCAUUUCCAAUGCCUACAUGGAGCUCAUGGAUUGGGAUGAGUCAAAAGAAUUUCCAGAGGUGCUUUCAAUUGACAAGGAACGUAUUUUAAAAUUGGGUCAACGUGCAAAACGUAUUUGUACAUGUGCUGCAGUUAUUUCUAUUUGCUCGGCAGUACCGAUUAUUUCGCAGCGUUCAGAAAAUCGUGCCGCACUCGCCAAGCAAGUUGAAAUUAUCUUCCAAGGCACGACCAAUGAGAGAGAGCUCUUGGAUUCGGUUGAAAAUGUUUGGCUGCAAGUUAAAUCUGUUAUAAACGAAUACUUGCAAAAAGACAAUCAGCCUGUGAUGGACGCUAAUACGGAAGGCAUGUUGAAGUUACAGAUAUUGCAAACGGGUAACAAAGAUUCACCUGUGCGCGCACUAAUGUGGAAACGCUUUCAAACCUACUUCCGCUUGGCUAUGCGCUCUAGAGCUGGUUUGCCACCGCCACCGCCAGGCUAUGCUGACUUCAAAGAUGAGUUGGAGGCUUAUAGCACUGCCCUAAAACGCGUGAUUGCCUACAAUCAUUCCGUCUUCGGUGAAUACUUUAUGAAAAUCCUAACACAACCUCGCAUUACAAACAACGAGGCAACCACAAGCGAUGCAUCAGCGGCCGUAACAAGGGCCAUAGAGUCCCCGGAGGCAGCACCUAGUGGUCCUGCUGCUACUCCGACGGAGGAGAAGGCUAUCAAUAGCCAAUAAUGGAAUUACCCAAGCGUAUUGCAAAUAAUAGGUGGCGAUUAGCUGCGGUUAUGAGUGGUGCGGGUGACAAGUGCUGCCAUUGGCACAAAAUCGUUUAGAAAAACAGAUUUGUGGUAGACGAAGAAACUAACAAUGCCCACAAUGCUGUGCCAGAAAUGCGUGCACAUGUAUGUAUGUGUGUCAGUUAGGCAACGAAGUUAUCUGGUCAGCUGGAUUUAGCACUCCUUUAACUAUGGCAGAAACGGAUAAUAUUAGAAACAAGAAAAUUUAAUUAUGAAAAUGAAGAAAUGCAAAAUCGAAUACCGUCGAAAUUAUUAAAAAAAAUUAACAAAAUUACAAAUUCACUCAUUAAGUGCACGUGCUAUUAUUUAAAUAGAACUGUUUAACAAAAUUAGUUAAUAAUAAAGAGAAAAGCCAAAUUAAUUGUGGAAAUAUACAUACAGAUAAAAAAAAUAGAAUUUGAGAUUAUAUUAAAAUGGCAGAAAUGCGUGCUAUUAAUAAAAAAAAGUUUAUGUUAAAACGCAGUCGCACAUACAUAUGUAUGCAUAAGAAACAGAAUACUUUAAAAUAAUUCAGCGAAUAUAUCGUUAGUUUUUAGGCUUUAUAUGUAAACAUUUUCAAGGAUUUUUGCAGAUGCCUGCUAAAUAUUGACAAGAAAGUUAUUUAUGAAUUGAACUCCCAACUUAACCACCAAUCAACCACAUUGAAGUGAUAUCGUUUUUAAUUUACCACUAUUUAACGAAUAAAUAUUGUCAUUUCCGCAUACCUA